UGGAUAAAUCCCAGGAAUGGUAGUCGAGCGCAGAUAAGAUCAGACGUUAGGUGAACAUGGCUCUCUCCAGAGGAUUGAGAUGCUGUCAAAGGGUUUUCUCCUGGAUACCUGUCCUUAUAAUAACCUGCGUGGUGUUGUGGUCGUACUACGCCUACGUAUUUGAGCUAUGUCUUUUUACACUCACCAACACACUGGAGAAAGUGGCCUAUCUCCUGGUAUUUCAUGUUUGCUUUGUGAUGUUCUCCUGGACCUACUGGAAGUCUAUAUUUACCCCCGCUGCAUCACCAUGCAAAAAGUUCCAGCUGUCAUACUCAGACAAGCAAAGAUACGAGAUGGAAGAGAGGCCAGAUGCACAGAAACAAAUCCUGGUUGAGAUUGCAAAGAAACUGCCCAUCUUUAGUCGAGCUCAAUCUGGAGCUAUCAGGUUCUGCGACCGCUGCCAGGUAUUGAAGCCUGACCGCUGUCACCACUGCUCGGUUUGUGAAACGUGUGUCUUGAAGAUGGACCACCACUGUCCCUGGGUGAACAACUGUGUGGGCUUUGCCAACUACAAGUUCUUCCUGCUUUUCCUCUCCUACUCCAUGCUGUACUGUGUAUUCAUUGCAGCAACAGUCUUUCAGUAUUUCCUCAAAUUCUGGGUGGGUGAGUUGCCAAAUGGGCCCGCGAAGUUCCACGUCCUCUUCCUCAUGUUUGUGGCGCUCAUGUUUUUCGUCAGUCUCAUGUUCCUCUUUGGCUACCACUGUUGGUUGGUGGCCAAGAACCGAUCCACUUUAGAGGCCUUCUCAGCUCCAGUUUUUGUCAAUGGACCCGAGAGAAAUGGCUUCAAUGUCGGCACACGCAGAAACCUGCAGCAGGUAUUUGGAGAGGAUCGCAGGCUGUGGUUCAUCCCUGUUUUCACAAGCCAAGGGAAUGGCCACUACUUCCCCUUGAAGAAUCGGAGUUCUGAGGCCCACAACCCCUUAUUAGCUAAUGAGGACAUGUGGGAGGAGUCGGAGGAUGGCUCUGAGCAAGGAAGCUUGGCUGAGGACCAAGACCCCUCUGUUACCAUAGAGAUGGAAGAAUAGUCAUUUUAAGGACAAUCUACACUUGUACAGAGGACGUAGAUUUACCAUCGCACACAUAGUGUACCACGAGGCAGAUGCAUUCCAAACCAUGUGGAUGUUCAGACACUGAAAAACAAAUUCUGAAGGUGGGCCAAACUUGUGGAUUAAAACCUGCGAUUGGAUUGUCUUUGGCAUUUCUACCCACGUUCUAAUGAUGAAUAGAGUAACUCGAUGGACAACCAGUAGCAUCAGCUCUCCUCUCAUGGACAACAGUAUCAGUGUGAUCUGGACAAAACAAUUGUCAAAUAUUUCCUUGCAUACAAAAAGACAAAUGUAUAUAUCUAUCUACUGUGUGUAUGUAUAUAUGUGUAUAUAUAUAUAUCUAU